ACCUGGUUUUUCUGUUUUUGUCCACAGAGCCUGGAAGAUGGCCAUUUUGGAAGCCAAAGUAACCCAGGUUCACCUCUAUGACCCUUACGAUGACUACUACCAGACGGUACCUCUGGACUCGCACCAGGCCAUGUAUGUCAGCUCAGAUUACUACGGCAACCCGUACAUCGCUCCCGGAACGACUCACGUCAUCAUCCGCGAAGACCCACACCGCGUUUCCGGAGAUCAGAUGGCUCUGGGUCUCCUCGCUGGAGCGGCCACAGGGGCUGCCCUGGGCUCUUUCAUGUGGAUGCCUUGCUGGUUCUGACCCCUCGGCUUUUCGGUAGACCGGCCAGACCGGCCUGGCUGACUCUUC